AUGGCUCAUCCACACAGUAAACCUGAUUCAUUGAAUUUCUUUAUAUUCUUCACUUCAGCUGGACAUCAUGAACAUGGACAUCAUGAACAUCAUGAAGAAGGCCAUCAUGGUCAUGAAGGCAAAGAGCAUUGCACAUCAUCUGAACACUGUCCGAAAGACUGCCACGACAAAGAUGCUGCUGGUCAUGGAUCUCAUGACAAAGCACAACAUUGUGAAACUGGCUGUCAUAAACCAGGAUCUGGAAAAGAUCACGGUGGUCACUAAUUAUAUAUAACAGAAAUUCCUAGAUAGUUCAUCAAAUUAUUUCUUUAAAAUAACUAACACAAAGUAACUAUUGACAUUUUAUUAACAAUAUAAAUUCCAAAUAUACAUUUUUAAUGCCU